AUGGGUAAGUGGAUCAACGCUACACCAGCACAAACAGCCAAUUCUUACUUGGAAGAUGUUGCAAAUAAGGUUAAGGGAAUGCCAGGUGGAAGUAACAUCAAAAUUCCAACUGCACCAGGAGGCGGGACUGUAGUCAUCAAGAAUCCACCCGCUAUUCCGACGGUUGCAUCAACAACAACGAAGGCACCGACUACAACAACAACAACAAAGGCACCGAUGACAACAACAAAGGCACCGAUGACAACAACAAAGGCACCGACGACAACAACAACAAAGGCGCCGACGGCAACGAACGUGGCUACCACAAUGCAAGUAUCAAUUACAACAACGACGCAAGCACCGACUUCAACGCAAGCACUGACUUCAACUCAAGCACAGACUUCAACGCAAGCACCGACUUCAACGCAAUUUCAUAGUACCACACAAGUACAGAGUACCACACAAGUACAGAGUACCACACAAGUACAGAUUACCACACAAGUACAGAGUACCACACAAGUACCGACUACAAUGCAAGUAUCGACUACAACGCAAGUACCGAGUACAACGCAAAUACCGAGUACAACGCAAGUACCGAGUACAACGCAAGUACCGAGUACAACGCAAGUACCGAGUACAACGCAAGUACCAACUAUAACCCAAGUACCGACCACAACGCAUGUAUCGACUUCAACGCAAGUACUUACUACACCAACGACCCAAGUUUGGAGUACAACAUCAUCGUCCACUACAAUCAUGUCAACUUCAACCACUAAAGUACCAAUAACAAUAGCAAUCACGACAACAACCAUACCACGUACCACAAUUACUGGAAACGAACUCAGUACUCAAAUUGUCGAUAGAAGUUUGAUCGUAAUUCAACUCGUUUCUCAACUAAUAAAAGUAUAUACUUCAAAACUUGAGACAGGGUGCGGGUGGUGUGAUUGUUGUAAUAUUUACGUGACAUAAAAGUUAAUCAAAUUAAAAUCAAAAUGGGAA